AUGCUGGGCCGACUCUUGAGUACCGCCGCGUCGACUCUAAACCCCGCGGCGUACUCAACACGCAACAAUGGAACACCUCUUGAGUCCGUCACCGAAGAGGAACAUACCUCCGGCCUUCUUUUCCCCGAUGCCAGCCUCCUCCGACGUUCCAAUACACAUGCCUACCCAUUGCAAACAACGUUUAAUUCCCCGAACGCCUCGACCGCCGGGGCCUACGAUGAUCGUGGUGGAAUGGAAUUGGAUCCUAUCAAGGAUUUCCGGGUGAUCGUUGCACAGAAUGCAUUAGGCGACCGUGAUGCGUGCGUCUUACUUGACACUCGUGCAUCCGACUCCCCAACCGGCCUCGGAAUCGAUCCACAAGGCAAUGAUCAGUCCGGCCCUAGACAUACGCGUGCAGUCUCUAGUCUCUCCCGUGGGACACGCCGCAAUAUUCUCAACCAAUCGUCUGUCGUCGAAUCGAGCCCUCUCUCCGUUGCUGCAGAUGCACGCAGGUCAUCACCAGCAAGUGCCGGUGCUUUCUCUCGGGCCCGAGGUCGGAGCUCAACGCUGGCACCAUCGGCCACCUUGCACGAAACAGGCCAUUCUCGACAUUCUGCCGACUCAAACGACACCGGUCUCCUGAAUUGCAUCUUCGGCAGCAGUGCGUUCAGUUACCGGGGAUCGUCUACAAAAAUGCACAUCAUCUCCGCUGAUGACGAUACGGGACCAGGCACUAAUGCAUCAUCACCUGCUUCCCGCAGUCCACUCUCUCGUGCCUAUACCACAGGCAGUCCAUCAGGCUUAAUGGGAGCAGGUAGAGGAGUGGACAGCAAACCACCUUCCAAAGUCACAGUCCUCUUGACUCGCAUGUUUAGCGUGAAUCUUCCCGAAGGAGCCGAGGCAUCCGCUGAGCGACAUGACUAUGCCAGCGCUCUUUACCAGGAAUCUUUGCCUGAGAUGGGCGGCUUCCCCUUCCCGGAUGUCUCCAAGCGCAAGAAAAUAAAGGAAAAGAAAACGCCGAUGUACGCUGUUGCCAUAACAAUUCAGAUUCCUUUGCUCGCACGCAAUCCUGGACGACCUGUUUCAAGAUUCAGCACGCUUGGCCCCGAUUCGCCUCGGCCUGGUUUCUCAAGCUCGCUGGACUCAGAUCACCGCUGGCCAGGCGGAUUCUUUGACGAUAGCUUGUCUGCAGCAUCCCCACCUGCUAGUCUGGAUGAGCGCCUGGACUUACUCGUUGAUCAUUGGGAUGUCAUCACUCGUACACUCUCUCAUCUUGAAAGACUUGCUCGGAACGAAAUUCUUUUCCUUCUGAAGAAGGUAGACUCCUUGUUGGGGCCGCACCCGAAGCCUGCUAAACCUCCUAAUAUGCAGCGGACUAACCAGACUAUUGUGCAUCUCCCCGCCAACAUUCUAUCUGUCAAUUCGAAACUCAAGGAGGAGGCUAUCCGCAGUUCUCGUCGGAUUAGCUUGGCCCUUCAAACUCCAUACGUGGUCACUGGACAAAGUCGCUGGGGCGUCUGGCGGGAGGAAGGCCGUUCGAUUGUCCGUGGGUUAGGCGACAAAGAGCAGAAUUUCUUCUUUUUGGUGAUUCUCACGGCAUUCUUGGGGAACCACACCGAAUGGCUCAACACUCUUGGCCCCGAGUGGUAUCGCCGGCGCCAUAAUCUGCAGCAGAAGUCCCAGCAAGAUGGCGAACCUAUACUUGCAAACAGAACAGUCAUUGUCUGCCCAGACAAGAUGACUGCUCGCCGCCUUGUCUUCUUGCUCGCCGCCUUUUUGCCAUCUAAACAGCGUCUGGAGCCGUUACCUUCGCCGCUUAGACCUGGUACAUCAAUUUCAAUGCGUGCUAUCUCCCACAGUCCACCUACAGUUCCUGUACUCCGCCAGGAGUCCCUUCGCCGAGCGAUUGAAAGACGAGCUCGUGCCAAUCGAUUAAACAUGGGCGAAAACGAUUACCAUCGACGAUCAGUGAGUGUUUCAUCACAAGAUACAGCGCAGCGGUCGUCGGAUGGCGCCGACAUAACUCCGCCGGCGGAACCUUCUACGGCCUCAGCCCGCAGAGGUUCCGAUGCUCGGUCGAUCAGAACCCUCGGCGUAAAGAAUCCUCCGAAGGAUCGAGCUAAGAACACCAGCGGUGCAACUACCUCUAUGAUUACUCAAAGCAGCACCGUCCCUGUGCCCCAUUUCACUUCUCAGCCAAGCAGCUCACACCAAACUGCCGCAGCUGAAGGCAACGAUAGUCUCGCGUCAGAGACCUUGCUGAAGAACCUCCAACGAAGUGACAGCUCUGUCUUGACCCCAAACGGCAGUUUUCCGUCAGCCGGGGGUCGCUGGGGAGGUAUCUUCUCCGGUCUUUGGAGCUCUCGGCAGGAGUCAUCCGCUGAAAGCAGUGAGCCCUAUUCUCCAACUGAUACUCGCAAGAGAUCUGUCUCUACAAUUGUUGGCCCUGCUGUGCGUGGUCCCACUACUUUAAGUCAAAUGGUCAAAGAAGUCACGGAGGUUGAAGAUGAACAACGGCGCAAAAACGCCCCCAGUGGAAAUAUCUCCAUCCCCGCUGCUGCUGCUCACAGCGAUGAGGCUGGUUCGCCCGAACCGUCAUCACUAACCAGCCAAGUCCGUGAAUCACCUUUGAAGAUGUCAGUCCGCGCAGAGGAAGGUGUGGUAGACGUUGAUCUUCCCCUUCCAGGAUUCAUGUCACUUUCUUCCUCCGGUGAUUCUACUGUUGCCUCGCCGAAGAAAACUCGUACGUCCGUCACCAGCAUGGAUGCAAUCGCUUCCACUCACAGCAGUGGCUCUGGGUUCCACGGUGUUGGGAAAGAUAACGAUGGCCCUACUGCCCAUGUAGCUGGCUGGUUGAAGUCAUUCCAUGAAGAUUUCUCGCUUCAAGCAGUCCGGCCUUACGCCUCCCUUGAAACAGAGAUCAAGCAGGCCAUGCGGGCCGAACCCUCUCCAUAUAUCCCCUCCGCAUCCGAUGUGGAUGGAUCAGAGAGAUGGGUCGAUGUCGCCACAACCUUGAUCGCGGACACUAGGGCCUCAACCGUGAAACGAAUUCGAUUGAGACGCAAGGUCACAGUGGGUCAUGACUCGCCCACUCAUACCCCAGCUUCACCAGCCAAUGGCCUUCACUUGGGCGGCGCCCGCCACACCGGUGGGUCUCGUUCUUCACAGUUCUCUGGCUUCUUCAACGGACCAGACAAGAUACCCGAAAGCUCUACCGCCGAAGAACAAGACCAAAGCUUUGUGGAAGAACGCUUCAUCGAGGAACCCGUGAUGGACCUCGACGGUGUUCUCGUUGAUGCCGUUGAGCGUGUCUUGGGCCAAAGCGGUAACUCGUCUUUGGCACACUCGCGUGCUCCAUCUCCUACUCGCGCCCGCAAAGCUGAAGACAACAAAGCUCCUCCUCCACGCACCGAUGAAGCCCCUCCUCUCGAAGUGCCUCGUGGUGAAUGCCGCAAAAUGGUACUUGGGGCCUUGGAAGAAGUCGUCCGCAUCGUUACUGCCGAGCAUUGCCGUGAAGAUGUGGAUAGCACAUUAGCUCUUGCUGAUCGUGAACGAAGGAGAGCACUUGCAGGUGCUGACAAUACAUUGCGUGAAGGAAUUCGGAAAUGGCUCCUCGACGUCGAAGAAGCCUGGUGA